AUGGGCAAGUUGUCUGGCUUCUCGGGCGCGCUGAAGGUACAUGGUGAUGUCGAGGUUUUCUUCGUCGGUGAUGUUGGGUGGUAUGACAUCGAGCAUGAUUCUGAGCUUGUUCAUGAUGGCCAUCUGCUGGCCGUGCAGCUGCACCGACAAAAGACCAGUGUCGAUCCCCGUUUACACUGGUCCAGCCUAGGGAAAUCACCGGUUGCCAGGUUUCACGGUUGCCGCGUCUCAUCAAAUCAUCUGUGCGAACAGCUGCCAGCAACGAGUCUGAGCAAGCGCGAGCGCUUCCACAGAGUAUUCCUGCCAGUCCUUUGUCUUAUUACUGCCGGCAGCGAAUUGCUGACAUUCAGGCUGAAGGAAUCUCGAGCAAAAAGGGCUCAGAGCUGCCACAACUACAUAAAGCCAUCUGUACCACUGGCAGAGCAUAACGACUCAGAGCGGAAGCCAGCACGCCCAUUGCCUGUAGAUGCACUUCCAACAGGGGACCGCAUGCGUGAAACCUCAGAAAGCUCUGACGGCUGGUAUUGAGGCAAAAAUGUACACGCCUAUGAGGUGAGUUUUCAAAGCCAUUUUUUGCAGUUCGACGGAAUACUUUAGUCUUUACAGUGGUGUAGAA